GGCGAGGCUGGAGGCGGCCGCGCGGUGCUGCUUCCUGGACGGGGAGCCCCUUCCUUCCUCCUCCCGAGGGCCUCGGCCGGGCGUGGGGGGGCCGCCGCGCUCCCGCCUCCCCUCCCCCGCGUCGCCCCGGCCUCCGUGUCGCUGCUCCCGCACCUUUCUUGCCUGCCCGGCGCCGGGCUACUGCCUUCACCGCUGCAUCCAGCAUCCCUAGGACCGGGUGUAAACUUCUCCCUGGAGCGCAGGCCGGACGGACAGUGUUCCUUCCCAGUGAGGAGGAGGACGCGUGGGUCUGAGGGGAGGUCGCGCUGCGGAGGCCAGGGGGCAUCCGAAAGCGCCCAAGACCCCUGUAGGAGGUUAUUAUAUUAGGGGGUAAAAACGCAUCAGCCUCCGAGUUCCUAACUGCUCCCCUCCCCCAUGUAUGAGCGGUGACAUUGCUGUGGCCACAAAGGAGGAGGUGGAGGUAGAGAUGGUGGUAGAAGAACAGGUGGCCAACACCCUACACGUAAAGCCUGUGACCUGCAGUGUAAAGGAAAAAGUUAAUCCCAGAAGGUCUGUUUUGCUUUGUCAAGUUAAAACACAGGAAGAAAAACCCAAAGAGCAGAAGCGGGGCUUUUUUUUUCCCCCUUAAAGUCAAAUGCAGAUAGCAAUAGUGAAAAUACUAUGAAGUUUAAUUUGCCUUUUCUGGUCCUCUCCUGCAUCUCUUCUGUAUUAUUUUCUUCCUUACAGAUUUAUUUCCUAUCCUAAAACAGUACUCACACGGUUUUUAAAAUGGACUUUAAAAAGGAGUUAAUUGUAGCCAUCAGUCAGCUAACUAUAUGAAAUAAAUGCUCUUAGAGCUGUGCAUGUUACAGCCAAAGUCCUAAGCUAGUCUUCCUAAACCGAUAGCCAGCAAAGCAAGGGAUUAAAAGCACAAAGGUGUUUUCUAGUUGUCACACGUUUGUGUUAUGCUUGUAAUGCAAAUAUCAUCAAAAAAUCAUAAAGAGAAAACUGUGUUUGUAAUAGUCAUCUCAGAAUUAACCGUAUGAAUGGUGUCACUUUUAAAUGACUAAGGUCCAAAAGGCUUACUCCUGCCUGUAAUAGAGAAUAGACAUCAGAUAUGCAUGAUAUUGGUCUUUUCUUUGAGACAGUAGCCAUCGACAAGCUUAUCUGACUUAAAUGAAUGAUAAAUGGUAAUUCAAUUUUAAAAUAAGUGAUUUUUCCCCCUUAACAAAAAGGUUGGAUUCUAGUCCCAAGUUGUACCCCUUACUACCUUUCCUAACUAUUGGUGAAGGUAACCAUUUGGAACUCAGUUCCUUGUAGUGGAUUAAAAUUACUUGGUUUUAAAAACCUGAUUCGAGAAUGUUUUUCCCCCCAGCAACAACCGUUGCAUGAAUAAGUAGACCAGAAGGUGUGUGUCUUCGCUUACACAUGCGUGUACAAUUUAACUCCAGUGGAGUAUUUGUCUACAGUUUGUCCUGUACCAGCAAACUUUUUGAUCUUUAAGGACUUCUAUGUUCUUAAAAGAGGGUCUCAAAAAUGUUUGAUUUGUUUGGGGUCUUGUUCAUAUUUACCAUACCAGAAAAAACUUUAAAAUUUUAUUGAUUCAUUUAGAUACAGAAAUGAGAAGCCUAUUACUUGAUAAUGUGAUUUUGUUUUUAAUGAAAAAUAACUUUUCCAAAGGAAAACCAAAAAUUAGCGAGAAGGGUGGCAUUGUUUCACACUUUAACAAAUCUGUUUAAUUAUGUACUUUAAUAGGAGACAUCUGUAUUGUCACAUCUGCAUCUGCAUUUAAUUUAUUGUGAUCACACAGUCUGGAAAACUCUACCAGACGCUUGUGAAAGAAUGAUAGUGAAAAGGCUAAAGAACAUCUUAAUAUUAUUAUGGAAACAAUUUUGACCUUUUGGAACUCCAAAAGAGGUUCCUGAAUUGCAGUUAGAGGCUUUUCAAACUUUUUUUUUUCUGGGAGAGGGCAAGGCUUACAGAGAGUUAAAAUACAUAGUUUUUUGUGAUUCUUCUCAUCUCUCCAUUCUCCUUAUCAUGUCCAUUUGCUGUGACCUAUAUUUGGAAUAAAACGUACCAAACUGGUUAAGAUACCUAUGCAGUGACCUUUGUCGCAGCCCCAGGCAAGCAACAGUGAGGGUAGGUGGGACCAAGCAGGGUAAAGAGCUGUCCUGCAGAUCUGUGUGAUACAGUAGUUUUUUAGCCUGUGGUGCUGUUUCUGAGGAAGCUCAGGAGUUAGAUGAGGAACAAAUUAUCAUUAUUUUUUCUUCGUGCCUAUUGGACAAUUCUUGGUCUGCAGUGAACGGGAUGCUUCACAUGCUAAGUGUUUUUUGCAAUAUGUACACAUUCAUCCAUCUAGAACUACAUACGCCAGACCAGUGGGCCUGCUGAAAAUGACUGAAUAUAAACUUGUGGUAGUUGGAGCUGGUGGCGUAGGCAAGAGUGCCUUGACGAUACAGCUAAUUCAGAAUCACUUUGUGGAUGAAUAUGAUCCUACAAUAGAGGAUUCCUACAGGAAACAAGUAGUAAUUGAUGGAGAAACCUGUCUCUUGGAUAUUCUCGACACAGCAGGUCAAGAGGAGUACAGUGCAAUGAGGGACCAGUACAUGAGGACUGGGGAGGGCUUUCUUUGUGUAUUUGCCAUAAAUAAUACUAAAUCUUUUGAAGAUAUUCACCAUUAUAGAGAACAAAUUAAAAGAGUUAAAGACUCUGAAGAUGUACCUAUGGUCCUAGUAGGAAAUAAAUGUGAUUUGCCUUCUAGAACAGUAGACACAAAACAAGCUCAGGACUUAGCAAGAAGUUAUGGAAUUCCUUUUAUUGAAACAUCAGCAAAGACAAGACAGAGAGUGGAGGAUGCUUUUUAUACAUUGGUGAGAGAGAUUCGACAAUACAGAUUGAAAAAAAUCAGCAAAGAAGAAAAGACUCCUGGCUGUGUGAAAAUUAAAAAAUGCAUUAUAAUGUAAUCUGGGUGUUGAUGAUGCCUUCUAUACGUUAGUUCGAGAAAUUCGAAAACAUAAAGAAAAGAUGAGCAAAGAUGGUAAAAAGAAGAAAAAGAAGUCGAAGACAAAGUGUAUAAUUAUGUAAAUACAAUUUGUACUUUUUUCUUAAGGCAUACUUAAGUAAAAGUGGUAAUUUUUGUACAUUACACUAAAUUAUUAGCUUUUGUUUUAGCAUUACUUAAUUCUUUUCCUAUUUCAUGCAAACUGUUAGCUUUUAUCUUAAAUGCUCAUUUUAAAAUGACAGUGGAAACCUUUUAUUUCCUCUUAAGUGCCAGUAUUCCCUGCAUUUUGGUUUUUGAACUAGCAAUGCCUGUGAAAAAGAAACUAAAUACCUGAGAUUUCUGUCUUGGGAUUUUUGGUGCAUGCAAGUUGAUUACUUCCUAUUUUUCUUACCAAUUGUGAAUGUUGGUGUGAAACAGAUUUAUGAUGCUUUUGAAUCAUCCCUGUUUUAUGUUUUACCUAGGCACAUAAAUGGACUUAUUAGUAAUUAUAAUUUCAGUUGAGACUAUUAUUAGUUUUACUGAAAUAUUGAAGGAUCACAAAUUUAUAGGCUUCCUUUGACUCAUCUUCUAGACAUCAUGACCUAUAGUUUGUCAUCCUUCAUGAAUGUAAAGUUAUACUAUUCACCAAGGUUUUCUCUCCUUUCCACUGCUAUUAGUCAUGGUCAUUCUUCCAAAAAUACUAUAUUUUUUCUAUAAAAAGGGAAAAAUAGAAAAAAAUAAGGUAUGGAAAAUUUUAAAAGGCCAUUGACUUUCCAUAGUACAUAAAUUACUGUAAGAUUCCUAACUUUUCCUGCUAAGGCAGAUCCAGUAUGCAAUGGGGAUUAUACCAACCAUUUUGGGACUAUAUUUACAUGCUACUAAAAUUUGGUAAUAGUUGAAACAAUUUUAAUGUGCAUAAAAAUUAUAUAGAAUUAAAUAUAGUCUCCCUGUGUUAGAUUGCUCUUGCUUAGCACAAAUUUAAGCCUCAGUUUUUGAAAAAAAAAAAAUAGUUUCGGUUCUGGUCGUGUUAGUGAAGAUGAUUUGAGCCAGUUACAGUUUAGUUAGGUGUUGCACAGCCAGCCUCUCUGGGUACCUUUGAGUGUCACUGAGAGUUUCACAGCAGGGACUGCAUUCCCAUGGUCAUCCAGCAUUGUCAUGAACUGGUUGGUCAAAAUGGGCAUCAGGAGAAAAUUUUGAUAGGUCGACAAAAUGCAUUCUCAUUAUGUGGUAGUCUUUUACCAACAAUCAUAGCACUUUUUGAAAUUAAAAAAAAUGCUUUUUAAAGAAUUACUUUAAAAUAUGAACUUAAAAGUUGUAAUUUGGGGGUGGGAGGGCACCAAAACUUUUAUUUUAAAAUAGCAGUGACUUGACAAAAUUUCAAAUUCUACAUUUGGCUGUUUAACAGUAGCAUUUCAUGAAUGCUUUUCAAGUCUGAUCCAUAUUUAAGAACAUCUAAAGCUUUAAAAAGAAAAAAAACCAAUUCUUUCAAUACACAUAAAGUGUUACUUAAUUUAAAAUAUUUGAAGUGAGAUGGUGUGGUGAGGUAAAAUAUCACUGGGCUAGGAGGAAGGUUACCAGAUUCUAGGUGUGUGUUUUUUAAAACUUAAUUUUGGGCAAGUCAUUUACUAUCUACUUCAUGUUAAAUCAUCUCAAAGGCCCUAUCUAACUUUACAGCUACGUAGUUUACAAUCAGUUUACAUAAAGAUAUACCUGUUUGUCAAGCUCAGCAUAAGCUGCUGUACCUCUGUAUAUCAUCAUCUUUGCCAGUCUUGGGCAAAAUUGUGCAAGAGGUGAAGCUUGUAUUUGAAUGUUCACUCACUACUUUCGGUCCUUCUCUCCCAUAUUAAUAUCAUCUUACUUGCUAUCCUCCCCAUGCCCCAUAACUCAAUGCAGUUUUAAUAUUUUAAUUCCCAUAACCUCAUAAUAUAUUGCUGCUAUGGAAUCUCCAGGAAGGCUGUCCAUGAAGGUGUAUCCAAACUGUCCUGUGUCUCACCUCCUCCGGGCAGUGCCAUAGCGGGAUUGGGCCUACCAGCUAAUGGUCAGGUGGCUGUCACACCUACAUCUUGGUCUUUUGCACAUCAUCUCUUCACUACCUAGUCUAUUGGUGACUAAGUAGGUAUUUUCAAACCUAGUGUGAAUUGACAACCUGCUGCAGUAGAAGAAUGUAAUAAAGGUCUACAUCUAGGACUAGUCCUGCUGACAAUGAUACAUUCCAUUGGUUUAUUAACUGCAGUCAAUCUUCUAAUAAAUAAUACCUUAAAAUUUAAUUCAUAAGGCUUCUCAGCAAAAUUCAUUUAUGCAGUAAAUAUAUGUUCAGUGCCUGUCAUAUGCCAGCCAUUAACAAGGCACUGAGACUUGAUAGCCUCAAAAAAGGGACAUAAUCCUUGUCCUCAAGUAGUAUUGUUUUCUGUCAUAUCUUAGUAAUACAUAUGGCAUGUGACCCAGGGGUAAUGUGAUACAGUAUAUAAUUUAGUUUUGCAAAGAGAGAGUUUAUCUCUAAAGCUUCUUCCCAUUCUACAGUAAUUGUUCUUGCUGUGAUUCCAAUGCAACUUUUUAGUUGGAACUACUAACCAUUUAACUGAUUGUUUUAAAGGGGUGAAAAUUUCCAAGUGUAUAAUAUUCUAGUUUUCUCUCUGCAUAAGUAAUUAAAACAGAUUUUUUAAAAAAUUAAAUAUUAUAGUUUUAUUCAGGUACAAAUAAACAGGUGACUGAGCUAAUUCCCAGAAAAGGAAACCUCUGUAAAGAUGAAGUAUGCCUUGUAUAAUGCUUUCCUAAACUACAGGUUUAUGGAACAUUGUCUAGAUAGGGUUGUUGUGACUGAUGCAGUACCUCCUGUAGCUUCUACACAGUGAAAGAAAUGGCACAUUUCAGGAACUUCAGUGCAUAGCGGGGUAUGUAGGACUCUGGAAUUUUUUAUGUGGCUGGGCAAGUUUUUUUUAAAGUAGCAGUAAUUAUCCUUUAUUAUGUGAAUUCUGAAUGGUUUAACGAAAGGGUUGUUUUGUAGAGUUUUUAAAAGGGGAGAGAAUCCUAGAAAUAAAUGUAAAUGUUAUCUAAUUACUACAGCCUUAAAGAUGAAAAUUGUUGUUAAAGUUGAAAACAGUGCUAAAUUUACAUAGUGUUAGGCAUUCACAUGUCUGUGGGAAGAAUACAGCAGCCAUCUAUAGCAUAAUUUGAAUAUUCUCAAUUAGGAACUCUAGGCUCUAUUAACUGAGUCACACUGCAUAAGAACUUAGAACCUAACUUCUAUAGAUUAUCCUUCUGCCACCAUUGCACAAUUUUGUCCACACACACACACACGCUUUGUGAGGCAUGUUGUUAGUUUGCACAAACUCAUCUCAUUUGUAUUCUAGUGAUUUUCUUUUCUUAACCAUUUUUCCCAAACAAUACUAUACAUAUGUUUUAGGGACAGACAGUAAAAAUUUGUCAAAAACCAGUAAUUUCUUCUAAAAACCCACCAGUUACUUUAAAAAUGAAUUUAUAUUUAGAAAUUUCUCUGUUAAUAUUGGGUAGCAUGAAUUCUGCAUUGAGAAACUGAACAGCAUACAACUCGUAGUUGUAAAAUCCUGUCCAGAUGAAAAUUUCUGAAGAUAAACUUUAGUUCCGGAAGAAUAGUCAUAACUAGAUUAAGAUUUGUGUUUUAGUUUAAUAGUCUGAAGUGCCUAUUUGGGACGAUAGGCAUUUUAGAUGAAUUUAGGAAAAACAAAGUUUAUUUGCAGAAUACGUCAACUUCAGAGGGUCCAUGUCCCCCAGUAGAGCUAAAUGGGUCAUGUAAUGUUUUAUCAGAAAGUUUCCAGUUCCACUGUCUUGUGUUUUCAUGUUGAAAAUACUUUUGCAUUUUUCCUUUGAGUGCCAAUUUCUUACUAGUACUAUUUCUUAAUGUAACAUGUUUACCUGGAAUGUAUUUUAACUAUUUUUGUAUAGUGUAAACUGAAACAUGCACAUUUUGUACAUUGUGCUUUUUUUGUGGGACAUAUGCAGUGUGAUCCAGUUGUUUUCCAUCAUUUGGUUGCGCUGACCUAGGAAUGUUGGUCAUGUCAAACAUUAAAUUUAAAAAUGACCACUCUUUUAAUUAAAAUUAACUUUUAAAUGUUUAUAGGAGUAUGUGCUGUGAAGUGAUACGAAAUUUGUAAUAUUUUUGUCAUGAACUGUACCACUCCUAUCGUAAUGUAAUAAAAAAUAGUUAUGGUGACUAUGA